AUGGCAUCGCCUUCGACAUCGAGUUGUAGUUCCAGCAAGCCGUUUUCGCAGUGGACAGUGAAGGAGCUCACCGAUUAUUUAAGAAAGAGAGGAGUUACGACAUCAGGGUACAACAAACAGAAACUAGUUCAACUUGCGACUGCUGUGGCCGAUAUCGCUUUGCCCCAAGACCCGGACCUUGCGAGCUUCGACUCCGCACGGUCGCUGCGGGAGAAGUUGGAGCGUGCGGGGUGCUCGUUCGACGACCCAAUGAAAAUCACCGGCUACACCGAGAACUUUGAAAGUAUACCAGAUUUCGGAUUAUACGACAUUUUCAACUACCUGAUAGUAAAUAGAACUGACUACGACAGAAAGAAACUCAAAGCAUAUAAAUCGUUUGAGGACUAUCGUCUAUUUGCUGACGGGAAUGUGGAGCAAAUGAAGUUCAAUGAAGUCCAUUCAUAUGGGGUCUGUCUGCGUACCGCGAAUCGCUGUUACACGUGCCAUCGUUGUGAUGAAGGCCCUGAUAAGGAUCCUCCGGACGUGACGUGUUCGAAUAUUAGUCUCCCAAUCACCGAACCCAAUACCUUCUUUGGGCUGACUCGUGGUUAUAAUUUUACAUACACGGAUGCCAAUCCGAGUCUCAGUGAUGUAACCUAUAAUGUAACCAUUGGAAUAUCGGGAGACCUAUAUGCACCAGGUUACACCCCUGUAACAAUGUUUGCAAUCGACGUUUGUAACAACUCGGCAUCCUGUCUAUUCCACGUAGAGAACACACUUACCGAGCUGCCCGUGAACUGUCCAGACUUGAAUCGCAAUUUAAGCACAGAUGUGGACCAAGCGACGUAUACCUUCAAGUUUAACUCAGAUUUCGGAGCAGAUAACGUCACCAAAUCUGUAGAUAGUUACAGAUAUCACGGAGAUGGUGUAUCGGUUAAUCUUACUCUAGGAGGUUCCCCACUUGGAAGCAGUGUGUCAAUAGGAACCCAUGAAGUGGUUGCCCUCAUCUAUGAUGACGUAUUGAAUAAGACAUGCACGGGGACCUCUGUUGUCGAAGACACAUAUCCUCCUAUUGUGACAUGUUUGAAUGUAACUCUCCCUUCCGAGUCACCGAACACCUUUUCUGGAUUGACGAAUGGUACAACCUAUAACUACACAGAUGCAAGUACUGACCCGAAUGGAGUGACUUAUAACGUUACACUAGAUGUUGAUCUGUUUCCUCCAGGAUACACACCAGUAACAAUGUUUGCGGUCGAUGCAUUUAACAACUCAAAAUCCUGCCUAUUCUACGUACAGAACACACUUAGCGAGCUGCCUGCGAACUGUCCAGACUUGAAUCGCAAUGUAAGCACAGACGUGGACCAAGCGACGUAUACCUUUAGCCUAGAUUUCGGAGCAGAUAACGUCACCAAAUCUGUAGAUAGUUACAGAUAUCACGGAGAUGGUGUAUCGGUUAAUCUUACACUAGGAGGUUCCCCACUUGGAAGCAGUGUGUACAUAGGAACCCACGAAGUGGUUGCCCUAAUCUAUGAUGACGUAUUGAAUAAGACAUGCACGGGGUCCUCCGUUGUCGAAGACACAUAUCCUCCAAUUGUGACAUGUUUGAAUGUAACUCUCCCUUCCGAGUCACCGAACACCUUUUCUGGAUUGACGAAUGGUACAACCUAUAACUACACAGAUGCAAGUACUGACCCGAAUGGAGUGACUUAUAACGUUACACUAGGUGUUGAUCUGUUUCCUCCAGGAUACACACCAGUUACAAUGUUUGCGGUCGAUGCAUUUAACAACUCAGAAUCCUGCCUAUUCUACGUACAGAACACACUUAGCGAGCUGCCUGUGAACUGUCCAGACUUGAAUCGCAAUGUAAGCACAGAUGUGGACCAAGCGACGUAUACCUUUAACCUAGAUUUCGGAGCAGAUAACGUCACCAAAUCUGUAGAUAGUUACAGAUAUCACGGAGAUGGUGUAUCGGUUAAUCUUACACUAGGAGGUUCCCCACUUGGAAGCAGUGUGUACAUAGGAACCCACGAAGUGGUUGCCCUAAUCUAUGAUGACGUAUUGAAUAAGACAUGCACGGGGUCCUCCGUUGUCGAAGACACAUAUCCUCCAAUUGUGACAUGUUUGAAUGUAACUCUCCCUUCCGAGUCACCGAACACCUUUUCUGGAUUGACGAAUGGUACAACCUAUAACUACACAGAUGCAAGUACUGACCCGAAUGGAGUGACUUAUAACGUUACACUAGGUGUUGAUCUGUUUCCUCCAGGAUACACACCAGUUACAAUGUUUGCGGUCGAUGCAUUUAACAACUCAGAAUCCUGCCUAUUCUACGUACAGAACACACUUAGCGAGCUGCCUGUGAACUGUCCAGACUUGAAUCGCAAUGUAAGCACAGAUGUGGACCAAGCGACGUAUACCUUUAACCUAGAUUUCGGAGCAGAUAACGUCACCAAAUCUGUAGAUAGUUACAGAUAUCACGGAGAUGGUGUAUCGGUUAAUCUUACACUAGGAGGUUCCCCACUUGGAAGCAGUGUGUACAUAGGAACCCACGAAGUGGUUGCCCUAAUCUAUGAUGACGUAUUGAAUAAGACAUGCACGGGGACCUCCGUUGUCGAAGACACAUAUCCUCCAAUUGUGACAUGUUUGAAUGUAACUCUCCCUUCCGAGUCACCGAACACCUUUUCUGGAUUGACGAAUGGUACAACCUAUAACUACACAGAUGCAAGUACUGACCCAAAUGGAGUGACUUAUAACGUUACACUAGGUGUUGAUCUGUUUCCUCCAGGAUACACACCAGUAACAAUGUUUGCGGUCGAUGCAUUUAACAACUCAGAAUCCUGCCUAUUCUACGUACAGAACACACUUAGCGAGCUGCCUGCGAACUGUCCAGACUUGAAUCGCAAUGUAAGCACAGACGUGGACCAAGCGACGUAUACCUUUAGCCUAGAUUUCGGAGCAGAUAACGUCACCAAAUCUGUAGAUAGUUACGGAUAUCACGGAGAUAUUGUAUCGGUUAAUCUUACACUAGGAGGUUCCCCACUUGGGAGCAGUGUGUACAUAGGAACCCACGAAGUGGUUGCCCUCAUCUAUGAUGACGUAUUGAAUAAGACAUGCACGGGGACCUCCGUUGUCGAAGACACAUAUCCUCCAAUUGUGACAUGUUUGAAUGUAACUCUCCCUUCCGAGUCACCGAACACCUUUUCUGGAUUGACGAAUGGUACAACCUAUAACUACACAGAUGCAAGUACUGACCCGAAUGGAGUGACUUAUAACGUUACACUAGAUGUUGAUCUGUUUCCUCCAGCAUACACACAAGUAACAAUGUUUGCGGUCGAUGCAUUUAACAACUCAGAAUCCUGCCUAUUCUACGUACAGAACACACUUACCGAGCUGCCUGUGAACUGUCCAGACUUGAAUCGCAAUGUAAGCACAGAUGUGGACCAAGCGACGUAUACCUUUAACCUAGAUUUCGGAGCAGAUAACGUCACCAAAUCUGUAGAUAGUUACAGAUAUCACGGAGAUGGUGUAUCGGUUAAUCUUACACUAGGAGGUUCCCCACUUGGAAGCAGUGUGUCAAUAGGAACUCAUGGAAUAGUUGCCCUUAUCUAUGAUGACGUAUUGAAUAAGACAUGCGCAGGAACAUAUAAUAUUCAAGAUGUUGAAUCCCCGUUUAUAACGUGUUCCAACAUUACUGUACCGUUUGGUAACGUUGUGCAUAAUUAUGACGCAACUGUUUUGGAUAAUGUCGAUGAGCUGCCGUCACUUCGGGUUGAUUUUGCUCCACAGCAACCGGGUCAAAGAUUAGAUCCAGGUGUCAAUGAAAUAUCAGCAACUGUCACCGAUUCAGCUGGAAACAUCAAUAGCACCAUCUGUUAUAUCGAUAUACAAAUGAGAGAGUUGCCGGUCGAGAUUUUGCAGGCAUUCGCUGUUCCUGUUAGAAACACAUACUUUCUAUAUUUCACUGUUCGCCUCAACGAGGGCCUGACCUCAUACAAUUUCUCGUUCUAUGGUGACAUCAUAUAUGACCCCAUUGUUGUUAAUGGAAUGGAAGAAUUUCAGCCAACAGGUCUGUCGCCUGGUGUUAACAACAUCAGGAUUAAAGCAACAGAUGGAGUCUUGUCAAAAACCAUCGAGUUUGUUCUAAAUGUCACAAGCAAUCUAACAGUAAAUUAUGCACUGCCUGGAAACGUGAUUCUGGCAAGAAUUAAUGGUACCACAGCAACGUUUAUGCAAGACCUAUUGGAUGACACAACUACGACUUUUAAAAACGUUGCAUUGGAGCUCCAAGCACAGCUCGAUGAGAUAUAUCAAAACACAUCGGGUUUCAUCGGCUCACGAGUCGUCUCCUUCAGGAGUGGAAGUAUCAUUGCCAAUUUCAUUCUCAUUUUCAAUCCAACAUCGAGCAUAAGUGAAGUGGAAGCUAAUGAAAUUUUUAGAAGCGCAUUGACAUCUGAUGCUGAGAUCACUAGCGGUUCCGGACUGUUCCUUACAUCACUCACCGCGUUCAACAUUUCAUUCCCCUGUGAAGACUUGACCUGUGAAAACGGCGGUACCUGUAUAAUAACAAGUGAUGUAUCACGGGCAAGAUGCAGAUGUACCGAGGGCUGGACCGGGGACCGCUGUCAAACAUCCACAAACAGCACACCACCCUCUAUUGCAGUGAUCAUCGGAACAACAUCAGUUGUAUUUUUCUUCUUCAUCCUUGCCGUGGUUAUCUUCAUGCUCGCUUUGAGAAACAGAAUGAUGAUGAAAUACCAAGGCAGCUGGGGCCAUUCUAGGCCCACAAUUAUGUUUCAGACUAGAGAUUACAAUUACGGUAAUCAUCGGAUGUCGUCACGAGGUUGGUUGCUUGGAUUUUUCUCCAUAUAA